AUGUAUUGUCAUGAAUUAAAGAAUGAUGUGUUUGUGGUGAAUCGGAAGGAAGAAUUAAUUGAGAAAGAUGUGGAGGUAGGGGACGAAAUACAUAAAGAUGUGUUCGUGGUGGAUUGGAAGGAAGAAUUAAUUGAGGGAGAUGUGCAGGUAGGGGAUGAAAAACAAGUUGAGGAGGAUGUGGAUAUAGGUGAGGAGAGGCACCGGGAUGUGGAGGAUGGGGAGGUAGAGCAGGAAAUGUCAGAUGAUGGUAUGGAUGUGAAUCAAUCAGAUAAUGAGAAUACAGUUGAACUUGACGAGAGGCGGUUGAUUUUAUUCAUCAGAGACUUGCUUGAUGAAGAAAUUUACACUCGCGAGGAGUGUGAGGAAAACAUGAUAUUUAAUGGAUUAAACUCGAAUUUGUUGUAUGCUGAUUUGGACAAUGAAGUGGAUGAGUCUGCAUCUGAUUCUUUCUGA